AUGACCGAAGCCCAGGCCCACCAGGAAAUCGACAAUGCCAUGAGCCAUGCCAUGCGGACAUACAUACUACAAAUAGCAGUCUCCAGGGGAGCGCUGCCCGCCCGAUCCCGCGUCGGUCAGUCGGGUGGCCAGCACCGGAGGACCCGCCAACACCAGAGGACCCAGGGUAGUCAUGCAAGUGGCGAAGGCCAUAGCCAGGGCCAGUGUGUAGAUGCUGGCGCGUCUGGCCAAAACGGCGAAACUGUCCAGGGAGCCAUCGAGGGCGACGUCAAGCAAGAGCCUGAGCCGAACCCGGAUGCCAUGGAAUUAUGA